UUUCCUUCCCUGGCUGCCUGAGGAUCUGUUGCCAUCAUGAAUGACACGGUAACUAUCCGGACCCAGAAGUUCAUGACCAACCGACUACUUCAAAGGAAACAAAUGGUCAUUGAUGUCCUUCAUCCCGGGAAAGCAACAGUACCCAAGACAGAAAUUCGGGAAAAACUCGCCAAAAUGUACAAGACUACACCGGAUGUCAUUUUUGUAUUUGGAUUCAGAACCCAUUUCGGGGGUGGCAUGACAACUGGCUUCGUCAUGAUUUAUGAUUCUUUGGAUUAUGCGAAGAAAAAUGAACCCAAACAUAGACUUGCAAAACACGGCCUGUAUGAGAAGAAAAAGACAUCAAGAAAGCAGCGGAAGGAAUGCAAGAACAGAAUGAAGAAAGUCAGGGACACCGCAAAGGCCAAUGUUGGUGCUGGCAAAAAGUGAGCUGGAGAUCAGAGAACAGCCAAAGGAGUAAAGAUUUUGCAGUGCCUGUCUGCAGUGACUGCGGGUUUUUCACGAGAGGAUUAAUAAACUGUAAAAACUUAAAAAAAAAAAAAA